AUGGCUCCGUCGCAUAGAACGACACGUGAUAUUAAUGCUAUUGCAAAAGACUUGAAUGACAAACUGGGAUUCAAACUACCAGUACAACCCUCAAAUACUCAAAAGUUUGGCUAUAAACACACUUUUAAAACGGAAACCACUCAACCACCAGUAUUGUCAUUGGACUCUCAUCUAAAUGCUCAUGAUACUGAUUACAGCAACUUUAUAACCAAAGACUCUAGAACAAAUGAUUCUCUAAAACAGUACCAUUUCUCUCAAUUAAAUGAACUGCCAAAAUCCAGCCAUUUUAAUCAGGAAGUUGACACAAAAAAAGCUAUACAGCCAACUUACCGUCAGCUACUACGUCGAUCCACAUUAAACACAUCUCCAAUCCACUCUGUAGAACCCAAACAAAGCAACAGCUUUAAAAAGAUUGAAAAAACUGCGUCCUCAAAACAAGAAUCUGAUGAAAGUCAUGGAUUCAAAACAAACCCUUUUCUGAAGCUUAAUGUGACUCAAGGAGAUAACGAGUCUUUUAAUAAUGCAACGCUAUACGAUUCUUUAAACACCCGUAAAUCCACCUUGCAAACACACGCUAUUCGUCAUAUACAACCUCAACAAAACAAGUUUGGAAAAGCAUCUACUGGAAGACUACCGAUAGAUUUGGCUACCACUGAAAGAAAGCAGCAGCAGAAUGAAGCUUUUUUAAAUGUUGUGCUGAUUGGUCAACGUGUCAAGACGUUGCCGGAAAAUCAGACAAACGAAUCUGCUGUGGAUGAAUUUAGCAUGCCCAUAGCUCCUGAUAACGAAUACAAUGCAAUAGAUGAUUUUAUCCUUGAAGUGGAUGAAAGUUUAGACGAAUUUCAGACUUCAAAGACUAAUCAGCAGAUGCUAGAGAGCACAUUUACUCAUCAACGGAAUGGACUCGUCUGUCUUUCUCCUGUGAUUGUACCUGACAAUGAGGCAUAUGAUUCAGAUGAUGACUCGGAAAAUCAAAAAAAUAAGUCUGCUGCCUUGCAAGAACCAGAUUCGUUUGAAUUUAGCAAUAUAGAUGAUGUGGACCAGAUUGGCAAUCGGUAUGCCUCAAUUUUAGAGAAUCGUAUUCGUAAACUGCGCGGAGAAGACGUUCCUUCAGUAAUUCCAUUGACACCAAUGGAAAUCAAAAGUCAUGAACCCAAUGCCUCCAUAUUGACGGCGCCAUCGCUGCCGACUUGUCAGGCCGAGGGUUUUCCAGUUGAAACCAUCAUCAUUGAACCAACAUCCUCAGUAACUAAAUCUGAUUUAAAACCCAAUCUAGAAUUAAAUAUGGAGCCAAUCGAAGUUAGUUAUCGAAUCAGCUCGGCACUCUUGGAACCGAAAACAACGGGAUCAACCACUGAAUUUGAGACUUUGAAUCUAAGCAUAUUAGAACAAGCCAGCGCACCUUUAUUGGAAUCGGAAACAUUAGUAAAAAGUAGUCGGCCUAAACUUUCUAUCAUUCCCGAGCCACUUUGCGAAAGCGCCAAAAAAGUAAACUUUUUGAAUGCAGAUGCUAAGCGUCAGCCUAGUGCCAGAUCUUCACUUGCACCUAUCCAGCAUUCUGACUCUAUACCAAAUGAACCCGCGGUUUUGUGUCGAGGUUAUUGGAAGUCAGCACUUCCUUUGAUGAAGCACUCUGCCUCGCCAAAGCCAUCGCCUAAAACGGCGCUGUUUAGUCUCGACAGUACUGUGGGCGAAACUCCCCGAAAGUUGACACCAAAUACAGAGAGCACCACUUCAGGAAAAUCUACUGCUGAUAUAAAAGCGUAUCGCCCUGGCACAGAUACUAGCUCUCAAUAUCAAUCGUACAUGACCGUGGAAACCAUGUCCGAUACUGCCGAUAGUAGAGAGUUUGAAACUUUCUCACCUAAUGCCAACAAUCAUGACUUGAUGUCACCCAACUCGUUGAUGUUUCAACAUGAAGAAGAAAUCACUGAUUGGCAGGAUGGCAUGAUUGUCAAAAGCUUAAAACUCAUUUCUGAAAACAAAAGCAAGUGUGAAAUUGAGCCAAAGCUUCCAUUGAAAUACACGUUUCCAUUCGCAGAAUAUGCAACUCCUGAGCCCCACCUUAAAGACUAUCGACCAUAUUUUCCAGUAAAUAAUGCAGGGCUUGAUCAUAAAUUACCUUCAAAAGAUGAAGCUAAAGGAGAUAUCUUAAAUGGUAAACAUCACCGCAUAAAUGCACAUAUGUCCAAAAGCAAUCGUUUAGAAGAAUCAAGCAAUACUAAAAAUGCAUAUGCUUUUCAAAAAAAUGAUAGUUGUGCAUUUGAUUUGGUGAAUACCGAGGCUAUCAAACAAGAUUUUAUGCAAAAAGACCAACCAAGUAGUGAGCCAAGUAGCAAAGAACCGUUUAGUCUUAAGAUUGAUGGAUCACGAAUGUAUCUGGAAAUGGGAACUCUUGGCCGCGGAUCAGCUAUUAUUGGUGCAAGCCCUGUUCCCAUCAACUCUGCACUUUCAAUUCCUGCGUUUGGACUUCACCCAUACCAUAAAGCCAAAGUGGUAGCACCACGGAACGCAUUGCUUCCAAAAACAAAAGAAAGCAUAUCAAAGCCCAAUACUUUGAGCACACACGAUCUUGAAGCAAUUCUGUCAAACAAACGGACUAGUGCAGUUUUUUCUGUAAACCCAGUUUCCUUGGUAUCAAACGAUUUAAAUACUCCCGAUACUCCAAAUGACGAUUUGGGGUUGAAUAUUGAAGAAUAUAAAAGGGAGCCUGAAAUGUAUAAUCAGAAAUUGAAUGUGAGUGUUGAUAUGGCUACUGACACACUUACGACUCAAGCCACAAGUGCUUGGAUUUCAACAGACCAACUUGUUAUUCCAACUCCAUUUGAUAUCCCACCAGCCAAAGUUGAAAUACAAAAUAGCAUUCAAGACUCUACCCAUAAGAUCAAUGAGCAAUUCUUAUCUAAUAGUAUUUCACUCGCGCAGUCAAACAAUGAUGCACAAUUACAUUCUGCUCGAAUUUCUCAAAAAGUAUUUGAAAAGCCAACAGAUCAGAUUAUGCCUCAAGACGUAUCAGUAGCGUUAGAUUGCAAGAGUGAAAGUAUUAACAUACCAUCAGACUUGCACAAAAAUUCAUCAACGGACAAUAUAUCAGAGCAACAAAAAACAGAUUUCGAGAGUGACCAAGAUGAGCAAAUCAAAUCAUUAGCGUUGAAUCAGGUUGAUUUUGACGACUCUGACAUGGAAAUACUUUCAGAAAAGUCCGAAGAUGACGAAAACAAAGAUACAGUGGACCUGAAACAAAAGCGUGUACAAAUCAAGCCGGCUGAAUCACACGAGCUUUCGCGACCAAGAGUUUCAAUUAAAAAAGGAUUUAAAAAGUCAAUGGUUUUAUUUGCAUCUCGAGCAGGAUCUAGCAAUACAAAACGAUACUCUUCAUGUGCUGCUAUAAAAUUGAUUGAAAGUCAGACUGCAAAAGUCAACGAGGUUUCCUACUCAUCACGAUCAGCUUCUGCUCAUGCGCGAUCUUUAUCUACACAACAAACUGGACUGUCAAGUGAGGUGCUGAAAAAACAGCAUAGUCGUCAAGCAUUUGUUUCAGAUACCGCUGACCCAAGUGCAUAUUACAACAUGCAAGUAAAAAAAGCAUCAGGACUUGGACUGAAUCGGGUAGAAAAUGAUGGUAUGGGUACUCGACCUGUAAUUGGUGUUUCGUUAAUUCCUUCACAUACCGAGCAACGUAAGCCAUCUGUAAGCAGCAAACAAUACGCGGAUUCCGUAAAAUCCGAGCCCAAGUCCAAUAUGGUCAGUGAAAAUAAUGAUGAAGUUGAUUCAGCAACAUUGGCAAACCGAAAAUUACUGCAGCAGGCUCUUCAAAUAAAUGGAUUUGUUCGAGGACUUGGCCAGUCUGUAUAUCAGGUGGUGCACGAUCCUGAGCGCCGGCUUUCCGGGCUAAAUGCAAUUGAACGCUCCCGUUACCCAACCUUUGAUGAUCCAGGUCCACCAUUAGAUGCCACUGGAAUGCCUAUUGUCAAUGCUGAUGGCGGUUUGCCUUCAAGUCAAAGUAUUGAGGACAUUUUGUCAGAUGUUGAGCGACUAGAUAAGAUUAUUCUCCAAUCUACUGUUCCAGUUCCAACAUUUUAUAGAAAACGAGCAACUCUUUUAGCUCGACUUGGGCGAUUUACCACAGCCAUGGAUGAUUUGGACAAAGCUAUUCAAUAUGACCAGUUCAAUUCUGAUGCAUAUUGGCAUAGGCAUCAGCUAUUUUUACGCAUCAACGAUGUUGAAAAGGCUCUGUGUGAUCUUGAUAUUAUUACAGACAAUAACAAAAUGCAUUAUGGAGCAUUUCAAACCAAAGCACGUAUUUAUCAAGCUCUCGGUAUGAUCAAGCCAGCUAUCGUCAACUAUUCUGCAGUUAUUCGCCUAAAACCUGAUGAUCCUGAUGGAUAUUAUAAUCGAGCUUGCUUGUUUGAAGCUGAAAACGAAAUGGUGUACGCAAAUGAAGAUUUUCGUAUGGUUCGAACAUUAGACCCGUCAAAUUCCCAUGCAAUUUACAAUCUUGCCAUUUACAGUUUUCAAAAACAGCUUUGGGAGGAUUCUAUUCAAGCUUUCACAAAACUGAUUGGUCUUAAUCCCGAAAACUCACAAGCGUAUAUGUAUCGUGGACGUGCUAAUGCUGCAGUAGCCAGAUAUGAUGAAGCACUAGAUGAUUUGUCUACAGCAAUCAGAAUAAAUCCAACUCGAGCGCAGUACUUUUUCCAUCGUGGUUGCCUGCUACGUAGUCGUAAUCCAACACGUGCAAUCCAAGAUCUAAGUGUGUCCAUUUUGCUAGACGAUUCGAGUGCAAACAAUGAUGCAUUCUAUCAACGAGCAAAAGUAUAUCAGACAAUCGGAAAGUACGAUCUUUCUAUUUCAGAUUACACCUCGGUAAUUGAUUUGGAUUCAACCAAAUCCAAGGCAUAUCUCAAUCUCGGCAUUUUGCAUAUGAGACACUAUGCUGAAUAUAGAAAAGCUCUGUACUCGUUUAGCAAGUCCAUUGCAAAUGACCCGAUCAAUCUUCAAACCUAUCUCUGUCGCGGAGAACUGUAUCAGCUGUUACAAGCAGAGGCACUUCCAGAGCUUCCAAACCGACAGAUUUUAGGGAAACCCCGAUUGAGUCGGCUUGGAAAUCGUGAUAAUCCAUCCAUCAGUUAUAUAAGUAAAGCCAUACAGGAUUAUAGCCGAGCAAUUCACUUGUGUCCAAGCAAUUAUCUACUAUUUUUAUAUCGUGGCCGUCUUCUUCUUAAACAAGGACUUAUGGCGGAAGCAACUACUGAUUUUCAUGCCGCGUUUGAUCUCAACUCGAAUAUUGCACAAACAUUUAUCCAGAGAGCACUGGUAUUGUGUUUUCAGCGCAAAUACAAGCAAGUUAUUGACGAGUUUGAUGAGAAAAAAAAGACACAGAUGGUUGAUGAUCCAGCCUUAUUGUUAUUGAUUGCCAAGGCACGAAUUCAAUGUGGAGAUUUUAAAGGUGCUUUGCGAGAUCUUACCAGUGCUUUGGACUAUAGUCAAAACGAUCCACAGACAUUUUUACAAAGAGGAAUUUGUUUUGAGCAUCUUCAAGACUGGUCUGCUGCAUCAGCAGAAUUUACAAAGUGCAUUACAUACAUGCCCACAUAUGCAAAGGCAUAUUACCAUCGCGGUUUAUGCAAACUAUAUGAAAAAAAUGACACGGGUGUGAAUGAUUUAGAUCUUGCAAUUCAGUAUGACGAAAAGUUUUUUGAGGCAUAUCUAACCAGAGCAUCUUUCCACCACUCUAAAGGAAUGUAUACACGAGGUAUUGAGGAUUGCAAUGAGGCUUUGAAGCUUGAACCAACCAGUAUCAGAUCGCAUUUACUCCGUGGUGCGUGCAAAUGCAAACUCAAUCAAUUUGGUCUAGCCAUUGCUGAUUUCACAAGAGCAACAAUUAUAGACAAGGGGGACCAUCAGAAUGCAUUGCAGGAUCUACAUGCUGCACGCAACUACUAUCCACAAGAUGCAAAACUGCGUGGUUUGUUUGGACUAUGUUUACACAAAGUAUCACAAAAUCAAGAAAGCAUAGAUGAAUUUACAAAGGCACUUGAGCUAAGUCCAUUCAUGUACGAAGCGUUGCUGGGCCGUGGAAAUGUUCAUGCGUCAAUGAAUAAUUUGAAAUUAGCAAGGCAAGAUUAUUCAAAAGUGAUACACAUGUUUCCACUUUGUGCAGAGGCAUAUGUAAACAUUGCGUAUACAAUGCAAACUGAAGGAAGACCACAAGAAUCAUGGAACUUUUUUUCAACUGCGCUUAAAAUUGAUCCACAAUGCACUGCAGCUCUUGAAGGACGAUCCAUUAUGCAUUUGACCAUGAAGAACGCGUUUGCAGCCUUGGUAGAUAUCACCAAAGCAAUUGAAAUUUCGCCAACUAAUCCCGAAUUCCUCACAAAUAGAGGUGUGAUAUUUGAAGCCAUGAAAGACAAUACCUCUGCAUUACAAAGCUAUAAAGCGGCUAUUUUGGCAGAUCCCAAUUACGGGUUGGCACACUUUAAUGCAGCCAAUUUAUAUAUACAGCAAAAACUAUGGGAACAAGCAAUUUUUUAUUUUAACAAAGCAUUAAUAAUCAACAGCAAAGACAAGGCAGCUUUGCUCAACCGUAGCAUUUGCAAACUAAUGCUAAAAGAUACGGACGGUGCACUGAAUGAUUUGGAUUUGGCGGCAGAAAUUGAUCCCGACUCUCCCCACGUGCAUUUCAAUCGUGGCCACUUGUUCCAAUCACUUGGAAAAUAUGUACUGGCAGAAAAAGAGUAUACAAAAGUUGUCGAGUUAUUACCAAGGGAUAGUGUAGCUUAUAUGCAUCGUGGAAAAGCUCGUGGGUCUCAGUCCAAAUGGCCAGACGCAAUGGACGAUUAUUCAAUGGCGAUUGCCGCUGAAGAUGAGUAAAACUAAAAAUAACGAUUUGUCACGUAUUUCCUACACUAGUUGCACAUUACUGAAUGAUACUUUCAUAAGAUGAUCUUUGAACCAAUAAAAAUUUAAAUAUCAAGUUAAGAAAAAAG